CUCCCCCAUCUCCUAACAGCUUCUCCUCCCUCUGCCUCCAAGUCUACACCCUCCUCCUCCUCCUCCCCAAAUGCACUCCCUGCUGCCAGCUGCACAAUUCCACUGUUUUAGCCUGGCUCUCAGCUGAAGCCUGCACAUCACACUGGCUCCCUUGGACUUUUCUUGGACUCCUUCAAGCAGCUAUGGGCUCCUUGACUUCUGCAAAUCCAUAAGGAAUGCAUAUAGACCACCCUUUUCUACAAAUGACAUGUACUGGAGAGAAAGGCAAGACAGAGGAGCUGCCUCCUUCAGCAGUGGGGACCACCAGACAGACUGCCUCUAGGUCUAGGCACCUUGCAUCAGUCACAGGGCGAGCAGAGGGCUGCCGUUGGGAACCUCCAUGCAAACAAUAGAAGCGGGAAAGCAAGACACAAAAGACCUUGAGCAGAUGACACUUUUGCAUUUUGAGACAAGCUUAUAUUAUAACGUCGUGCCUGAGCACCGUAGAUUGAAUUCAUCCUGAUGCUCACAUGGUUGAGAGUAUGACGUCACCCUCCAAGGGCUGUGGGAACAGUUCUGUAGUAACCUCUCAAGGUAUAGACAAAAGUGUCUCAAGAACUCUCUCAGAUGGCAGCUGUCACAAUGGGACAUGCAGCAAUAAAGGGGACUCCCAGGAUGAUCAGGACUCCUUCAAGCCCUCAAACUUCUUCACUAGCUCAAAACAACGGCUGAGUCCUAAUAAUGAAAGGCCCCGUUCCAUGAUAGGUGUGGGAAACUCCUCAACCUGGAAUGCAUUGUCCUCUCUGAGGAAGAUGGGUUCUUUCAAAAAACUCAAGUCAUCGGUUUUGCAAGGAAUUCAAGCAAAAGAAAACUCUAACAUCAUAAGCGAAUGCAGAGGUGACAUCCAGAAGUGCUUGUCUUCUGAGUGUUUGAGUUCUCAGACCACUUGUAGGUUGCCUAGCUCAAAAUCAUCGCCUGAUCAUUGUAAUUUGGUGGAUGGUCGCCAGUCUGAUGGAUCCGACAUGGAGGAGCCUGAUAACUCCUUCUUGCGAAGCACUCAUAGAUCCCGCAGCAUUAGACGUGCCUACGGAGCUGGCCGAAUCAACUUAUUAGAUGGUGACAAAACGCGUGUAGCCCAUAGUCCUCUAAGUUUGUCUCCUGUUGGAAAGGAACACCAUGUGUGUGAGAUCAUAGUGAAGGACCUGGAAAGCAACAAAGUCAUCUACAGACGAAGUAAAAGCACAGACAACCUCAACUUUCUCAAAAAGAGCUCAUUCAAAAGGAAAUCUACUUCAAAUCUAGCGGAUGUAAAAUCCAGUAGUGAAAAGGAGAUCCUACAAAAAAGUAGUCUAAACACCUCUGAGGAUGCUGAUAAUCUUGGUGGGACUCCUGAAAGAAGAUCAAAGCGAUGGAGAAGUCCAAUCAGGGCAAAAGACUUUGAUAGAGUAUUAAAGAUAAUGAGCAAUGUUACAGAUGGACAUUGGAAAAGAGACGGUAGCAAGUGCAGCUCUCCAACUCCUGAAGAACCCCCCAGGAGUAGGCCAAACAGUCGGCUGCAUGAUGACUAUUCCAGGAGAGUUUCUACCAGUGCUGACAUCGAAAAGAAGAGGUGUAUAUAUAAUCCAUAUUCCCCAUCUUCUGAGACGAGGAUGCCACAGAACACCAGUAGAACCCACAUGAACGAUCUUGAAACACACGUGCUGCCUACCAAUUUAACUUUGUACUCUUCAGGAGGCCUUUCCGAAACAUGUAGUCCAUCUCCUACUAGCAGUAGCUUAAGCCAGUUGGCCAGUGAUGUAUUUUAUUCAGACACUGAGGAACUUAAAUCGAUCCCUCAUUCUGCUUCAGAUUUAGGAAUUCCUGGAACACCCAUGAGACCGACCGCUCCCAAGCCACAGAGCCCCAGUACUUCCAUCGUGGGUACUAACCGCAACAGCAAUUUAUCAUUGAGCUCUAUGGAAAGUGAUGAAAGGGCUGAAUUAUGUGCCAUAAAAGUGGACAGAAGUCCUCAGUCCUUUAAGGACACCAUUAAGAUUACUUAUUAUGAUGAUGGUACCGAGGAUAGUGGAGUCAGCAGCCACUCUCAGCUGAGCCUCAACGUGGUUAAUGAAGAAAAGCAUGAGGUCACAACAGAAGAUUCCAGGACCAAAUCUCCAUCUCCAGAUGAGGAAAAGGCAGAGUCUCAAAAAGUGUCAUCUCAGAAAUGGGCCACUGGAAAAAGCCGAUGUAGGCCAAGACCUCUUUCGGACUAUGGUCAAAUGGCCAUUCGCAGUUUCUCCAUCCCAGAAGACUCUGUUACUAUGGAUUGCCAAAAUGCUGAUGGUGGGAACGGUACAUUUCCCUCCCGUUCUGUUAGCGAGGAAACAAAAGAUCACAAACGUAGCUCGGAGUUCAAAGGAAACGUUAAAAGAAGACCCAUUUCUGUAAUAGGUGGUGUCAACCUGUAUGGGACAAGCGAGGAUGAGGAGAAUGGAGAUAUGCUUCAAAAACCGAUCCCUCGGCCUCCUGUACCAUCACACAAAGUGCCUCCGUACAAGGCGGUCUCUGCUCGCUUACGGCCCUUUGCCCUCUCACAAAGCACACCGAUCGGCCUUGAUCGCGUUGGACGCAAGAGGACUAUACGAGCUUCUAAUAUCUCUACAGAUGGAGGAGCAGAGUCCACAACAUUGACUGAUGACAACGGCAGCGAAGAGGAGUACAGCUUUGAUGACCGCUACCAGGCCAAUCCAAGAUACCUGCAGCCAGGAGGAGAGCAGUUAGCCAUCAAUGAGUUGAUAAGUGAUGGUAGCACCGUUUAUGCAGAAGCUUUAUGGGAUCAUGUCACCAUGGAUGAUCAGGAGCUGGCCUUCAAGGCCGGAGAUGUCAUACGAGUCCUUGAAGCUUCAAAUAAGGACUGGUGGUGGGGGCGAAUCGGAGAUGCUGAAGCCUGGUUUCCAGCAAGUUUUGUUAGGUUACGGGUAAAUCAAGAAGAUGUUUCUGAGAACUCUGGAAGCCUUCAAGAUGAGGAUCAUGAUCCUGAUAUUGCUAAAUUUCGUCACAAGAGCCCUGAAAACAAGGAUCAAAUGCGAACAAAUGUAAUUCAAGAGAUAAUGAACACAGAGCGGGUCUACAUCAAACAUCUGAAGGACAUCUGCGAGGGCUACAUCAAGCAAUGUCGAAAGCACACAAGCAUGUUCACUGAAGCACAACUAAAAACCAUCUUUGGAAACAUUGAAGACGUCUAUAAGUUCCAGAAAACCUUCUACAAGAACUUGGAGAAGCAAUACAACAAGGAAGACCCUCAUUUGAGUGAAAUUGGGGCCUGCUUCCUUGAAAAUCAGGAUGGAUUUUCAAUCUACUCUGAGUACUGUAACAACCACCCCAACGCCUGCCUGGAGCUUUCCAACCUGAUGAAGCACAGUAGAUAUCGGCACUUCUUUGAGGCCUGCCGGCUGCUACAACAGAUGAUCGAUAUUGCUAUUGAUGGCUUCCUGCUGACUCCAGUCCAGAAGAUCUGCAAGUAUCCUCUGCAGCUAGCCGAGCUGCUCAAGUACACAACCCAGGACCACAGGGAUUACAACAGAAUAAAAGAAGCCUAUGAAGCCAUGAAAAAUGUGGCCUGCUUAAUUAAUGAACGGAAAAGACGGCUGGAGAGCAUUGACAAGAUUGCCUGCUGGCAGGUCUCCAUAGUUGGGUGGGAGGGACAAGACAUUUUAGCCAGAAGUUCUGAGCUGAUCCAUUCAGGGGAACUAACAAAGCUCUUCAAACAAAGCAAGAGCCAGCAGAGGACUUUUUUCCUCUUUGACCACCAGCUGGUCUUCUGCAAGAAGGACUUGUUGCGCAGAGACAUCUUGUAUUAUAAAGGAAGUAUAGACAUGGACGAAAUGGAAUUCACUGACGUAGAAGAUGGAAAGGACAGGGACUUCAAUCUUAACAUUAAGAACGCUUUUAAGAUGGUGAAUAGGCAAACUGAUGAAGUGCAUUUAUUUUGUGCCAAGAAACCGGAGGACAAGCAGAGAUGGCUGCAAGCAUUCUUAGAUGAACGAAAGAGAGUCCAGGAAGACAAAGAUAUGGGUAUGGAAAUAUCAGAAGACCAAAAGAAACAAGCCAUGAACAAUGCGAAGAAGUCAAGGCAGGGGAAGAUGAAAGGUGUCACUUACAAUGGAUUUCCUGCAGUCCCUUCUCAUCAAAACUUGCACCCGAUCCACCAGCGCCACAUCACGGUGCCCACCAGCAUUCCACAACAGCAGGUGUUUUCCCUGGCCGAGCCUAAGAGAAAGACUUCUCCGUUCUGGAACACAAUCACUAAGCUCACACCCUUCAAGAAAUGAGGACCUCUGAUAUGAAGUAGAACUACUGUAUUUAUGUGAAGGACACUUGCAGUAUUUCGAGACAGAAAGUUUUGCGGUCAAUUGUACUUCUCAAUAACUUAAAGGGAAUCUGUCACCUGGUUUGACCAUAUUAAGCUCUCACCAUUGCCAUGUUUAAUAAAAUACCUGAUCUCCUGCAGUGGUUUUCUAUUUUAUCAAACAUGGCAAUGGUGAGAGCUUAAUAUGGUCAAACCAGAUGACAGAUUCCCUUUAACUAGUGUUUUCCUAGAGGAUGGUAAAAAAACAAACAAAAAACACAAUAAUGUGAAAUUGGUGAUCAGAUACUGUGGGGGGUAUUACCAUCCACAAGUACAUGCUGUUGAUGAAUUAUUUUAUUUAUUCCUAAAAUGGUUUGAUUUUAUGGAACGUUUUUAUAUAUGUAAAUAUAUGUAAUUUUUUUUAAAUUAGUCUGGUUCUAAUGAGA